AAUGGGCAGCGGGGAGGGAACAGAUCCCACACGGGCAAAGUAGAUGAGGGACGGAGAGGGGAAAGAGGACGCUCGAGGGAGACUCAGCACACUGUAGAGAGGGGGGAGAGGCGAGAGAGAGAGAGAGAGAGAGAGAGAGAGAGAGAGAGAGAGAGAGAGGAGACGAAGAGAGUACAGAAAGUUAGGAGAAGCAGGGCAGCUCUAAGAGUAGAGCUCUGUGUGUGUGUGUGUGUGUGUGUGUGUGUGUGUGUGUGUGUGUGCGUGUGCAUUCGCGUGUUUGUGUGUGUUGUGUGUGUGUGUGUGUGUGUGUGUGUGUGUGUGUGUGUGUGUGUGUGUGUGUGUGUGUGUGUGUUUGUGAGUGUGCCCGGCACCAUCGUGCUCACAGCUGCAGUGUGAGCCAGGCUCUGGGAGGAGAAGUUGAAUUCCCCAGAAAGAGAGGGGUUUCUUUCUCCCCUCGGUUAAAGAAAACCCAAACUUAUAUCAACUAAAUAAAACAGCUACAGGUACCUGGUGUGUCUGGGGGGAAAACAGAGGAGAAGAAGGAGAAGAAGAAGAAGAAGAAGAAGAAGAAGAAGAAGAAGAAGAAGAAGAAAAAUAAUAAUACGAAGAACAAGUAGAAGUAGAAGCAAAAGAAGAAGAAGAAGAAGAAGGAGAACAAGAAGAAGAAGAAGAAGAAGAAGAAGAAGAAGAAAGGAGCUUAAGAGGUUCCCAUCAGGAGGGAGAGACAGAAAGAUGGAUUCAGACUCGGGGGAGCAGAGUGAUGGAGACCUCUCUCCAGGCCAGGAGAGCUUCAACUCGCGGUCCCUGGCCAUGCAGGCCCAGAAGAAGAUCCUCAGCAAGAUGGCCACCAUGGCCGUGGCCAACCUGCUGACGGAUGACACCAGCAGUGAGAUCCUGGACGAGCUCUAUAAGGCCAGCCGCGAGUUCACCAAGAGCAAGAAGGAGGCCCACAAGAUCAUCAAGGACGUCAUCAAGAUCGCCCUGAAGAUAGGCGUCCUCUAUCGCAACCACCAGUUCAACCCGGACGAGCUGGACACGGUGGAGCGCUUCAAGAAGAAGAUGAACCAGGCGGCCAUGACGGCGGUGAGCUUCUACGAGGUGGAGUACACGUUCGACCGGAAUAUUCUGUCGGAGCUCCUGCUGGAGUGCAGGGACCUGCUCCACUCGCUGGUGGAGCAGCACCUGACGGCACGCUCGCACGCCCGCAUCGACCACGUCUUCAACCACUUCGCCCACGGUGACUUCCUGGCCGAGCUGUACGGCGACGGGGAGGAGUACAGACUGAACCUCCGGAAGAUCUGCCUGGGCGUUAACAAACUGCUGGACGAAGGAACGCUUUAACCUCCUCCCAGCUCCGUCACGCUGAGCCUCCUCCAGCGCUCUGCUUCUGUUUCCGUUUCCCCCUCUGUGGGUCUUCUAGUUAUUGUCAUUGUAAAAUGUGCAGUUUCCACUCUCUACUCGCCCUUGUCUUUCCCACCAUUCCUGUAUUCCCCACCUAAACCAUUUACAAACAUGUCUCUCACCAGGCUCUCUCCUCUAUUCUUUUCACCAGUCUCUAUUUCGUCCUUCUCUUCCCACCACCAUAGUCUGUUCAACAUGUUGUUCCGUUGAAUCCAGUUGCAUCCAUUUCUAAUGGAUUGGUGUUGUGCCUGUCUAAGAGGACUUUAGACUCUCUGAAUGCCGACCCAGGAUUCCAAAGUAGAAGUCCUGCCAUGUUUUAUCUCCGCCCUUGCACAGAGACUGCUUAUUGUACUCAAACGUUGUACUUGUGGGUUGUGCCAAAAAGCUCAUCAAGAUGGGUGAGCGCGAGAGGCCUUUUACUUUGUGAACCUGGAGGUCCCAUUUCUACAAGCCUGUGCCACAGAUCUCCUCAGUUUGCCUUAUGUGCUUUAUGUACUUCCUUGUGUUACUCAACAUGCAUUCCCUCCAGAUUGCUGUGUCAGCAUCUUCCAAGCAUGACGCUGAAUGGUUUAGACAAAAUCAACGUGGAAGUGUAAACAAUUCUCUCACAGAUUGCCAUUAUAAAUGAUUCAAACAAAUCG